UUUGUUUUACGAUCUCACGAUGUUUUGUGAAAAAGCCAUAGAAUUAAUCAGAGAGCUGCACCGGAUGAGCGACGGACAACUGCCUGCGUUUAAUGAAGAUGGACUGCGGCAGGUUCUACAGGAGAUGCAGACACUCUACGAACAGAACCAGCGAGAUGUGAACGAGGUGAAGUCUGCAGAUCGAGCCGACUUGAUGCCCUCCAUCAAACUGCGUCAUUGCUGCCUGCUGAGGAACCAGCGCUGCCUCACUGCCUACCUCUACGACCGUAUGCUGAGGAUCCGAGCCCUGCGGUGGGAAUAUGGCAGCGUCCUGCCCGGCAGCGUCCAGUUCCACAUGUGUGCAGAGGAGCUGCAGUGGUUCAGUCAGUAUAAGAAGUCUCUGGCUUCCUUCAUGCGCUCUCUGAGGGACGGUGGUCUGGAUAUCACUCAGGACAUGAAGCCUCCAAAGAGCCUUUACAUUGAGGUGAGGUGCUUGAAGGACCACGGCGAGUUAGAGAUCGAUGAUCCAUCUCUCUGUCCUCAGCACUUCCUGCCACGGUGGAAGUGUGAACAACUGAUUCGUCAGGGUGUUUUGGAGCACGUCGUGUCUUGAUGCAGGAAGACGAGAAGAGGAUGCAGAGAUUUUCAUGAGCUCACAACAACGAGAAGACACACGAGGGACCAGGCUGCAGAAAAGAUGGCAAACUGUGACCAAGAUGUGUGU